CGUCCCAGCCAGAGGGGCAAUAUUUCUCUUACAUAUAAUUCUCUCUCUUCACUUAGUUUUAUGACUUGCACUUGUUAAAGAAAGGCAGUAAUAUGAUGUAAAUGACAAAGGAGAGCAGGGUCCCUAAACAGAAGCAAGCAAAAAUAAACUGUGCUCCAUUUGAGGCUGUGGUAAGACAGAUGGCCACUGACUGCGACAAAAAAAAAAAAAAAAAAAAAAACUUACGAGACCUUUUCAUUUUUUCAGGCUAAAAUGCCCAAAAAAUAUACAUCUACUUCUAUGGGAUAAAAUGCACACAUCUGGGACUGAUCCUGAGAUUUUAAUUACCAAGAACACUGAAUUAUAAACCUGAAUACGACUGUAAAUGUUGCCACUGUACUUUACCUUAUGAUGAGCAGUGAUACAUGCAAAAAAUGUAACACAUAAAAGUUUUUUUAUGGGGCAAUGUGCAAAGUUAAGGUAAAUAUCUGCCGGUUACACAUGAAAAUAUCAUACUGUAAGACUCUCUUUAUCCAAACUAGUUUGGCUUCACUUAAAAACCAUGGCUGUUGUCUUGAAUCUAGAUCUGGAAUUCCCAUGGCUAUCAAGCACAUCAAUAUGUGAAAGAGGAUGUUGGCCUCAUGCCUGUUCUGAAAUACAAACAUGUCCCAUCAGGCUAACAGGAUGCAGGGCGAAUCAGAAGCAGGCUGAUUAAGACCAACAUCCUUUGUUUCUGUGUGACCUGACGGGACACAGGACACAACAGGAGAUCGGCAAUUCACAAAAAGGCAGGAUAGAUAUACUCUCAACUGAGUCGUAUUAAGUUGUUUCAUUCCUCUCCUCUCUUCUCCAAGCGCGCACGUAAUGGUAGAGCAGAGGAUGAAUUGUUUUGUUUUGUUAUGACUUGAACACUGGGGAUUAAUAUCUGCCGUGACACACCACAGGAAGCUGCCCUGCGACAUGACACCAAGACUCCUCGCUACCUCCACAUCGCCAACAAUAAAACCAACAAGUGGGGACACAACCGCUCCUACAGACUCCAGGUGUACAGCUUUGCAGGGGACCACCUUCCAGAGAGCCAGGCUAAGGAAAGGUCCAUGUUCAGGCCAGAACAUUCCUCUGCUCUCUCUUCUCCAAGCGUGCGCGUAAUGGUAGAGCGGAGGAUGAACUCUCUGGUGAAGUGGGCGCUCAUCCUUUUCGUCCUGACCUCCAUCAUUGUCAACAUCGUCCUGAUUGGCAUCCACUCCAGCAGGUCGCCCAAAUGCUCCGCUCACCCUGUCCACCCGCCGAGGGGCACCCACGACGAGCGCAGCCUCGUGUUCGCCGACCUCACCCGGGAGGAGUACGUGCAGGUCCAGCAGUACAUGCUCAAGCAGAAAGAUUUGGAUAUAUCCAUCAACCAGACCACCAAGCCAUCGCAAAACUAUCUGUUUUUAAUUGACCUUUCUCUUCCAAAGAAAGCUGAAGCGCUGGCUUACUUGGAUGGGAAAGGUGCCAAGCCGGUAAGAGAGGCGACAGUGGUGGUCUUUUACGGCACUAGAGGCUACAUCAAGGAGUAUGUAGUGGGGCCUCUUCCCAACCCGACAUUCCACAGGGAUGUCACUAUAGAGAGAUACAACACGAGUCUGCCAAUCAAUUCACGUACAGUCACCAUUGGGGAAUAUGUCUUGAUUUUCAAAUUGUUUGAAACUGAGAUUUUCGUCAAGUUGAAGAAGCUCCUGAACGAAAGCUUCGGCGUGGGCCAGGGAGAGCACCUAAACGCGUUCGAGCAGAUGCCCCGUGGAGUCCGAUCGGGAGACAGGAAGACUUGGGUGUCGUUCUUUAGGGACAGGAGCGGCAUGUACAUCCACCCGGUGGGCUUCGAGGUGCUGCUCAACCACGAGAGCGUAAACGCGUCCCAGUGGAGACUGGAGCGAGUAUUUUACAACGGCAAAUACUUUGACUCCGUGGAGGAGCUUCGGCAGCAAUAUGAUAGUGGGUCUGUUGACAAAAUAGUUUACAGGAAUCCGCCUGAUUAUGGCUUUCUGAAACCCAAGACCAAACCUCUGCAGAUCGGCCCGCAACAGUUUUACGCAGAGGGGAAGCGCUACAGCGUCAAGGACAACCAUGUCCUCUACCUGGACUGGAGUUUCGCCUUCGGACUGAGCUCUCUCACUGGCAUGAGGGUGUUUGAUGUGCGGUUUAAAGGUGAGAGGAUCGUCUACGAACUGAGCGUGCAGGAGGCCAUGUCUGUGUACGGCUCGGUGACGCCGGGGAUGAUCCUCACCAAGUUUCUGGAUUCGAGCAUCGGGAUAGGACGCUUCGCACACGAACUAGUCCGUGGCGUGGAUUGCCCCUACGAGGCAACUUACGUGGACACAUACCGUUACAUCGAUAUCUCAGCCCCGAUGAGAUUCAGGAACUCAAUCUGCAUCUUUGAGCACAACAUGGGUCAGCCCCUGCGAAGGCACUUCUCUGACUUUUUCCAUAAUAGUUUUGGAGGGAUGGCGAAUAGCGCUCUGGUGUUUAGGACCAUCACAGCUAUAGGGAACUACGACUACAUGUGGGAUUUCAUCUUCUACCAGAACGGAGCCGUGGAGGCCAAAGUGCACGCCACCGGUUACAUCUCCUCUUCCUACCUGGUGAAGGGCAGUCUGAAAUUCGGACACCAGGUGGCGGAAAAAGUGCUGGGGAACAUCCACACCCACUUCAUCAACUUCAAAGUUGACCUGGAUGUGGCUGGUGUGAGGAAUAUAUUCCAGACCAAAGACAUGGAGUAUGUUAAUGUGUCAUUGCCCUGGAUGCCCGAUCGCUAUGCUAUGGUGCCCCAACUGGUGGAGAAGCAGCUCAACACAGAACAGGAAGCUGCCCUGCGACAUAACACCAAGACUCCUCGCUACCUCCACAUCGCCAGCAACAAAACCAACAAGUGGGGACACAACCGCUCCUACAGACUCCAGGUGUACAGCUUUGCAGGGGACCACCUUCCAGAGAGUCAGGCUGAGGAAAGGUCCAUGUCCUGGGCCAGGUAUAAGGUUGCUAUCACCAAGCAUAAGGACUUGGAGCAGACCAGCAGCAGUCUGUACAGUCAAAACGGAAUGUGGACACCAGCUGUUGACUUCAGCAAAUACAUUGAAGACAAUGAAAGCAUUGUUGAUGAGGACCUGGUGGCCUGGGUGACUGCUGGCUUCCUCCACAUCCCUCACGCGGAGGACAUCCCCAACACAGUAACUGUGGGCAAUGGGGGCGGCGUCCUGCUGCGGCCCCACAACUACUUUGAUGAGGACCCAUCCAUCCACUCUGCGGAUGGAGUGUAUAUUAAGCCAGGUGCAGAGGACAGUUGUGAGCACAACAGGAUGGCCUGCCUUACUCAAGAUGUCUGCAGUCCUGUCCUGGAGACCUUCACCUUCCAGGGCUUCGAGGGAGUCAUGAAGUUUGAUUAGGUCUCAGUUAAUGUUCACUGCUGGGUUAUAGCCUCCAUGAUGAAGUCAGAGGUGUGCUCAGGAUUGUUUAACAACCUAUCAAUAAGCUUAAAUAUCUUUAUAGAUGGCAGACUUUAGCAUUGGCUUUAAAGCUACACUAAGCAGCAUCUUGGAAAACAUGCAAAUUUGAAAACCCUCACAUCUACUGUACGUGUAAGGGAGGUCACAUUCACCUAAUUUUUGCCAUCCCUACAGAUUGUCCCGUAGCCAUGAUGAAUGUAAAUUUAUUUGACAGUAUGCCCCAUGCAUUUUUAGCAAGACUAUGCAAGGGACAAAUUGCAGCCUCUUAUAACAUGCAGUACCGACUCCUACUGCCGCUCGGCUUUUAUACCCACAAUUAGCUUGCUCACACUUUUCUACUAGGAUUACUGCAAAUCCAUCAUAAAAGUACAAGGCUGACAGUGUUCUGUAAUUUCCUGUGGCCCUUUUUUUGCCAGCUUUUUCACCUCACACGCCUAGCACACACGCAGCAAACACUGGUUGUGACUCAAUUUUUAAAAUAAACAUAUAUUUUUCCAUUUUUCCCCCCACCGUACUUUUAACUGCAAAGUGCACUAUGUCGUGUCUCUUUUAUAAUGGAAGUCUAUGGGAGCAGUGGUGUUGAGACUGGAGGGGAUUGUUAUUUUAGCAAAGGAAAAUUACCACUCUGAAAGAUGUAUUACUCUGCAUCAGAUGCUCUUAGAUAAAUCUAUUGCGUUAAUGUGCUAAUUGUAGCAUUAACCCUUUAUAGGACCUCAUUGAAAUACUUGGAAAUUCUAAAUUUCAACCCUAGAGUGUCACAAAUCAGCUAGAGUUGACAUGUAUGCCAUGGAUGUAGUAAGAGGGGUGCAUGGAAAUUGCUGCCUGGUGAAAAAGCUAAAAAAGUUGUCUUGCUUCUGACUUUGUAAUCGUCCUGUGCACACAAAACAAAUAGAAUACAAUCAAGUGAAGGCAUUGGAAAAGUUUUUAGGGAAGAUCUUGUUUGUUGAGGUUUUUGGAAGUCUCUUUUACAUGUUUGUUGUGAUCAUUCCAAAAAGGAAGAGUGUCUGUUCUGGCAGGCGUAGAUGAGAGGGACACCAUGAUUAUCAUUAUAUGCCAAUAGUAGUGACCCACUGUUGGAUAAAUGAAUCUUACUGCAGAUACUUCAUGAGUAAAAACAUUUCAUUUUCAUUUCUUUUUCACCCUCAAUCUUAACCAAUUACCCAGUUUUGAUUGGGAAAGGCGUGAUUGUUUUUCUCAGUUUGUUACUGAUGAAGCACUGUGAUACAAACUGUGAUGUAACGCUGUAUGGUCAGAUAAAUAAAUGCACUGAUAAACAUGACCAUUCAGUCCAAGGCUGGGACUAUUGCUUUUUGUAAUUGUUGUUUUCUUCCCAAAUAAAAAAAAAAGAAAGAAAGAAAGAAA